AUGCCGAUGCCGAUGCGGAGCAAAGCCGAUGAACAAACCGUGGACGAUGCUGCACGUGUGAAGAAGAAGCGUCGAUACCGCAGGCCGCCGUGGGGAAGCCUGCAAAUCGACCAGUCAACCUCAGCGGAAGCGGGCGCAUCGUCUAGCAGGAUGAGACGCCGAAACACCAUGCCUGAUGAUCUCGAAGAGCCUCGUGGCGGCGUUUCUGAAGGAGAAGGAAGAGAUAGACUGGGCAUGGGAUCUGCUUGGAGAAAGGGGAGCUCAUGGGUGUCGGGAGGACGUGGCC